AUGCAAAGACAAUUUUUUAUACAGAGUCAGAGGUCCUGUGGGAAGAUGGCGGAUUAUGAAGUUCAGAAAUUAACUGAUGAGUGUCUUGUUGAUGGGAGGGCCAGUCGGAGGAUGAUUCAUGUUACAGCUCAAAAAUUAACCAUGAAAAAUUACAAUGGUUUAAAAAUUGGCCUGGGGCUCCUCAACAUAAGAUCUAUUGUGCCAAAAUAUGAAAUGGUGUGUGAUAUAAUUCGUGGAGAAUUGGAUAUUCUUGUAUUAAUUGAGACAUGGCAUGGGUCGUCAGAUGAGUUUGCUGUUCGAUGCGCGAUGCCCCCUGGUUAUAAGUUUGUAGAUUACGUUAGACCUCACGAUCUAUAUCAUGGCGGAAUUAUAAUUUAUUUCAAGAAAGAGUUCAUUUAUAAACCUGUUGAGUUACCCACCGUGAUAACUUUUGAAGCUGUUGCAAUUAAAUUGAGAGUAAACAAAUCUGAUUUUAUUUUGUUAUCAAUUUAUAGACCUGGAUCGGUUCCUCCUUCACCAUCGUUCUUUUCAGAGCUAGCGAAUGUUUUAGAAGAUUUUUCGCUGUUAAGUGAUAAAAUCGUUGUUGCGGGAGAUUUUAAUGUUCAUAUGGAGAGAAAAGAUGAUCCAAACACAGUCUCAUUUAAUGAUGUUUUCGAUUGUUUUCAGUUGAUUAACAGAAUUAACGAACCAACGCAUGAAUUAGGUGCCACUCCAACACCAGCUGCUAUCUCAUUGAAGCUACAACAACCAGUGGCAACAGCCACGUCACAAAUGACGUCACAGACGGGGUCACAGAUGGGGUCAGAAACGAACUUGAGGGGUAUUCAGCCCUGCUGGUUGUCAUGCGUUAGGUAUUUUGAAGAUUUCCUAGAAACGAGUUCCCUGCAGAAGAAACAUUUACUCGAAGGUCAAGAUGUCGAGGUCAUAAGGUCACUUUGUAGCGGUUUAAAAAAGUCACUACACUGCCUUGCCGAGUUGAGAAAGGUUUGCUCUGCUGACGAUUUUGAUGAAAUCUUCUGGAAGAUGAAGGACUUUAGAAAUUUAGUCAACUUCUGCUCUUUAAAGAAUAUUUUCGAAGACUACGCUCUCAGCCAGACAUGCCUCAGAACACAGUCUGCUCAAUCGACGACUUGCUACGAUGAAUUUCUACAGGAGACAGGCGGAGACACUGAAGAUGUUGGCGAGAGUGUCGAAAAGGACGACGACGACGAUGAUGAUAAAGAUGAUGAUGAGGGUGACGAUGGUGAUGAUGUGGCUGACGGAGGUUACAAUGGCUACAGUUAUCAUUCCAGUGACAGUCCUGACGUUGGCGAAUAUUGCCGACACGCCAUAACUUUUGAAAAAUGUCUAGACGAUCAUGUGACCACCAAAUGCGGGCAGACUUCCGCCCCCAUAGUUUCCGCCCUGGCUGACCUGGUGGUGAGGAGGUCAUCACAGUGCAAGUUUUACAAUGCCACUUCCGGCUUUUUCGUCUACAAUAACAGUUUUGAAAAUUACGAAAAUCACAAUGGCAUCGACGGGCCAGAGACGAACGCCGCAAAACUCAGUAGAAGAGUAAUGACCGAUAAAUCAGUCAAAUCAGCCUCAGUACUCACCAGUGUUAACCUUUCAGCCCCGCCAUUUUGCUGCUACCUUAUAGUUAAAAUAUUUAAUAUCAUUUUCGGCGAAUUAUUUCAUUUCUAUUAA